CGUAUAUAUAGUAAGAUUAAUAAAUGAUUCUGUUGCUCUCAACCAUAAAAAAGACUGUUCUAAUGAUAGAACUGAGAAAACUUGGUUUUAGUUCAAUAACAGUCAUUUGUAUUGGAUACAUAAUACUCUGUUUUCUGAAUAAAUCAACCGAUUCAUAUACUUAUCAUAUUAAUCCAUCCAUUGAGCUGAAUGACCAACUUAUUGCAAAUAAAAAUUAUGGAAAGUUAGAAAAGAUUGAUUUAAUGAAUUACAGUGGUCCUGAAAGUUUAAUUUAUCAUGAUGGUUCAUUGUAUGCCACAGUGAUUCAAGGGAAAAUAUUAAAAAUAAAUGAUUCUGGGAUUUAUGUUCAUGCAACACUUGGUUCACCAAACUGCGUUGGUGUACAUGAAUGUGGUAGACCAUUAGGUUUAAAAUUGUUCAACAAUUCGGAGAAUUUCUUGGUCACGGAUGCCUAUUUAGGUGUAUUCUCUGUCUCGGUAAAAGAUGGUAGUGUGAAAAAAUUGUUCCCCUUAGAUGAAGAUUUCAAAGUUACAUUUUUUGAUGAUUCAGUAAUGUUACCGAACGGUAGUCUUGUUAUUACUGAAGCUAGUACAAAAAAUCCUUUACGACAUUUAUGGACAACAAUUUUAGAGGGACUACCUAGUGGGAGGCUAACAAUGGCUGAUACAAAAACCGGUCAAUACAGUCACAUAAUGGAUGGUUUGCGCUUUCCCAACGGAAUCGAAAUUUCUAGUGACGGAAAAUCCAUAUUACUCGUUGAAACAAUGAAACUUCAAAUUUUACGAAUUCCAUUGGACGGAGGUGAAGUGACCGUGUUCAGUGAUGGGCUACCUGGUUUUCCGGAUAAUAUCAAAGCCAGUCCAAGUGGUGGAUAUUGGGUCCCUGUAUCACCUCUUCGUGACGAGCCUCUAUCUGAGCUUCUACUCAAUUAUCUACCAGCUUAUCCUUGUAUUCGUCAGUUGGCUUCCAGUGUACGGUUAAUAAUAUUCCUGCAUUUUUUAUAAUCAAUAUUCUCCAUCUUAUUGUCACUCCAUUUUUGAAUUUUUUGGCAGUCGAGUAGUAAACCUAGAACAGUGUAUGUAGACAUUUUCAAAUUCAACCAACUAAUGACAUGGCAGUGCAAUCACAUAAUGGCAUGGUUGACCUCCACCAGUCUUGAAUUCCCAAUGAAACCUACAGAACUCAUUUCAGAGAAAAUGAAUAGGGAUCAAACGAUUCUAUAUCGGUGCCUUAGCAGGGGCAAACGCUGAGGGUUUCCACACUGCAACGGAACAACUGAGAAAUGUUCCCUGGUUUUCACUGGUACCUUAACUAAUGUGAAUCUGUAGCUGAAGCUAAUUACGAAGUAAAAUAAACUUCACAAUACCUUCAAAAUGAAUUAUGAUAGAGGUAGAUCAGAGAAUCUAGUGACACAUAUUAAACUUCUAUGCAAUUUCCCACCAAACUAAAUUAUCUCCAUGCUUCCAUUCACACUAAUACCGAAAGGAAAAUCGUCAAUGUUAAUUCGUUUAGAUGAAAAUGGACAUAUAAUUGAAAUUUGGAAAGAUUUUCAAAAUGAAUUACCAAAUGCUUGUGAAGUACUAGAACAUGAUGAUACUUUAUACACUGGAAGCUUUUAUCUACCUUACAUUGGUCGUUUAAGAAGAUUGUCAAAUUAAUUUUUAUAAAAUUUGAAAAUCUUUAGUUCCAGAAGAUGAAUACUGUGUAAUUUGAUGUUGUUGUUGUUGUCGUUGUCGUUGUUAUUCAUUCAGCACAUUGAUGAUCAAUACUUUCCAUGUUUUGAUUUGACUUAUCUUUAAGACAUUCAUCAAUAUCUUGCUUUCUUAUGUUUUUUCGUUGUUGUUGUUGUCGUCAUUGUUGGUCGUUUGACUUAGCUAUUUCUCAAUAUUUAAUUAUUCUGUACUAAUUGUGUAAUGUGUGAAUUAUUUAAUCAAUAAUAAAUGACACAAUGCCAUUUACAUUUAUUGAGUCAAUCAGGUCAUCUUUAAUUAUCUGUCUAUAAAUCAGUUAGCUAAAGUCGUGAAUUGAUAUCAUUAUGCUUGUUAACUUGCUUAUGUUACGUAAUACUUGUGGUUAUUGCAAAACGUUGAUAAAAAGAAAAUGAUACAGAUGUA